AUGACUGUCAAGCUUUCCAGUUUACUCCAUCGCCCCCCUCGCUAUGUCUACGCCAGCAUCUUGUGCUCGCUGGGCGGCUUCUUAUUUGGUGUCGAUACGGGCAUCAUCGGUCCUGUGACGGUAAUGCCCGAAUUCACCAAACCCUUUGGUCAAUCAAGCCCAACGAUUCACGGCCUCAUUGUCUCCUCGAUUCUUAUUCCUGCCGCGAUUACCUCUUUCGCCGCUGGACGCAUCGCGGACGCGCUCGGCCGGCCGAAGGCGAUUGCAAUCGGAGCCUUUAUCUUCGCCGUCGGCGCAAUUAUUGAGGCCACCGCUGUACAUGUUGGCAUGUUCAUCGCCGGUCGUGUUGUCUCUGGUCUUGGCGAGGGCAUUUACAUGGGAACUUUGGUAGUAUACAUUUGCGAAAUUUCACCCGCAAAGCACCGCGGAACACUCACGACAGGGCCUCAGCUGCUAAUUACAUGCGGUCUCAUGGCUGGCUUCUUUACCUGCUAUGGAUCCGCUAAUAUCACUUCGGCGCUAUCAUGGCGCUUGCCCUUCAUUCUUCUCGCCGCAUAUUCUGUGAUUUUCACAGCUGUUGCUUUGAUGCUGCCUGCAUCGCCAAGGUGGCUAGCGCUACAUGGCAAGUCGCGAAGAGAAGUCACUGCAGCGUGGGAUGCGCUUGGUGUCCGUAGUGCCGACCAGGACACGAUACCAGGAGAGGAUUCCGUAGAGCAAGAAACGAAGGUAUCAUCACGGAUGCUUGACGUGUUCUCCCCUGCAGCCCGGCCGGGACUCAUACUCGCGGUGUUUCUCAUGGGGAUGCAGCAGCUUAGCGGUAUUGAUGGUGUUCUUUACUAUGCUCCUCUGCUUUUCCAACAGGCUGGUAUUGCGUCAGCCAGCGACACUUUCCUUGCCUCUGGCAUCUCUGCUAUCGUCAUUUUUGCCGUCACGAUCCCAGCUACUAUUUGGGCCGAUAGCUGGGGUCGACGCCGUAACACGAUCUUCGGAGGCCUCGGCAUGGCUGUCAUCAUGUUCCUCAUUGGAGGAAUGUAUGCUGGAGAUAACGUGCAUGUGCAAGGUGCCGGUCGCUGGGUUGUGGUUAUUGCCAUUUACUUCUUCAUCGUCAUAUAUUGCAUUUCAUGGGCGAUUGGAAUGAAGAUUUAUGCCGCUGAGAUCCAGCCUCAGCUAACCAGAGCAAGCGCAACCAACAUCGCUCACGGCAGUAAUUGGCUCACAAACUUUCUCGUUGCGCUUGUCACACCAACGCUGCUGGCGAAUACCUCUUACGGCGCCUACUUUCUUUUCGGAAGCUGCACAAUGGCGACGGCUCUGGUGUGUUGGGUCUUCAUGCCCGAGACAAAAGGGCGUACACUGGCCGAGAUACAAGAGUCUUUCCAUACCAAUUGGGCUACGGAACUAAAGCAAUCUGUAAGCGAUUCUAGGAGAAAUUUCCGCAGAAAGCACGCUCUUGGUGCAGAGCAGUGA